AAAUUCUGGCUAAUAACUAAAGGAAUAUAAACACUAACUCAUUGUCAAAUCUUAAUUAAAAGAAUAGGUUUUCUAAUUUCUGCCAACAAAAACUGCCGGCCACAUUACUGCUGUAAUCCCACAACCUCCACCACUGCAUAGGGCUGCACAUGAUGCCACAAUGGCAGCGGAUCCUCUGUAAACUGUUGGCUACUCUGUUAGUCUUUUUGCCAUUUCCAAAGCUGACUGACUGCACUCUACACUUCAUCCAUGCCAACCGAGAAGCUGCAAUGAGUUUAAAGUCUUUUGCACCCCAAUAACUUUAUUUGAACUUUUUUUUUCUGUGCAUGCUUGUUUGACCUCAUAGCCUAUUUCAAAUGAAUAAUUACAUAAAUUAAUAUAUACGUGUCCAACCUGUGACUAGCAAACCGAACAAUUCAGAUUUUUUUUACUUGAACUGUUCCAUCCCUAACUCUCCAUAAUCCAGCGCUUUUUUGUGUGAUUUAUUUUUUUUUAUGUCCAUUAUGGCUUUCAGUUGUUGGGGCCACCAGAACAUAAAUAAAGUACAAACUAAGACUGCACACUGUGCAAUGGAGGCAAAAUGUUCCUACCUUUUUUUUCAAUAAAAUUACAGACAAAUUAUUUUUGAUACACAUUUCUGUUGUGGUAUGAUGGGUGCAGGUGGAUGUUUUUGGACGACCAGAACCUGUGCAUCCAGACCAGCUCGUCCUUUGUUUACGGUGCUGUGCCCAUCGGAGCCAGCAUCUACGUAGUGGGAGACCUGGACACAGGAACAAGCUUCGACUACAUCCGGGAGUUUCGCCGCAGCACCGGGACGUGGCAUCGCACCAAGCCUAUGUUACCCACCGACCUCUCCAAAACCGCCUGCGCCGCUCUGCGCAUCGCCAACUGCCGACUGUUCCGCCUUCAGCUGAGCCAGGGCAUGUUCCGAAUCAGAAUCUGACUCCACAUUUGCACACCGGUACUUUCUACCUGCUGUAGUCUGGUUAGAUGUUGAGGAUUGUGAAUGUCUUUUCAGAGGGUUAGGGUUUUUUUACUCAAGAUUUUUUUCCUGUAUGACUUGAUGGGACAAAAGUUUGUCUAAACACGUUUUUAACAUCAUGGGUUUUGUGGAUUUUUUUUUAGAACUCUAAAUCUUUUUUUUUUUUUUAACAUGGAAUUUGAUUGUUUUUUGCGUUGUGUUUUAAUGGACAUUCCUCACUUGUAAUGUUUACUGGUAAUAACGUUGCUCUGUGUGGGAUUUAAACGUACAAUAUGUUAUUUCUGCUGCUAGGG